ACAGUACUACAGUAUCCUCAAUCUACCUCGUCCACCCCCUCCUCAUCAACUCAAUCGCCCUCCGUCCUCAACCCAGAAAAGGAAAACAACCCACCAAAAUGGCCGCGAUCAAGACAAUCCUCCUCCCCCUCCUCCUCACCACCUCGGUGGCCCUGGCCGCCCCCAAAGCCGCCGAGUCCUGCGCCUACACCUGCGGCAGCACCUGCUACUGGGCGAGCGACGUCAGCGCGGCCCAGGCGAAGGGCUGGUCGCUGCACGAGUCCGGUUCGACGGUGGACGACUACCCGCACGUCUACCGCGACGACGAGGGGUUCGCGUUCGGCGUCUCCGGCACCUACUACGAGUACCCGAUCCUGAGCAGCUUCAAGGUGUACACGGGGGGCUCGCCGGGGGCGGACCGGGUCAUCUUCAACUCCAACGAUCAGCUGGCGGGCGUCAUUACCCACACCGGGGCGAGUGAUUAUGAUGGGUUUGUGGAGUGUUCUUAGUUUCGGUUCUGGUCUUUAGAUUGGGGGACUUGAGGGGAAGGGUUA